CGAGUUUCGCAAAGGAACGAAAUCCAAACCAGUCCCAUCGCCAGAAAUCUGCCCCGAUUCCCGGAAAAGGUUACAUCCAGAAGGCCAUGACGAUUGCAGAACGUCAACAAACUCCACAGGCGAGAACAAACAACUAAUUACCUUCUCAUUCGCGUCGAUAUCGAACAUAUCCAAACGAACUCGCUUUCCACACCAAACAUAUUAUCUUUCCGAAGUCGUCGGAUCCACUUACAUCACCGUUUCACUUUCAAGAAAAGGAACACCAACUUGUUCGCGGCUUCACUGUCAAUUUCUUUGUGUACACUCCUCCUCCAUUUAUCCCAAAGCGCCAGUUUGGCCGAGCCGAAGACGAACGACUCCGACAGCCGACGAUGUAGCUCUGUAUCGUGACGUCACAUAAUUAGAGUAAAUACAAAGUAGAUGUCCGUGUCAGCGUGUUGUUUGUAGUGUGCUCUGUGAUUAAUUGGGAUAAAAAUAUGGAUAAUAGCGAUGUACAGUUGGUCGGGGGGCCUUGCGGCCAACACGGCCCCUACACUUUCUACAAGGCGUUUAAAUAUUCGAAAAACGGUAUCAAGAGAAUAGUGACUUUGAGUGAAUUUUUCUUUGUCAAAAUGUGGCGAGACUCCGACUUGUUGUGUAUCGGUGAAUUACAAUUAUUGUGGUGCGACAAAAAUAGUGAACAAGUGCUGGCCAGUCUGAGACUUUAUUUUUUACCGGAAAAUACUCCAGAGGGGAGAUCCGACCACGGAGAGGAUGAAGUGCUGGCAAUUUCCGAAAAAGUCGUCAUACGGGUGGAUGAUUUAGUGACGUGGAUCACGACGGAAGCGGAGUGGACUUGGGGUAGGCUCGCUAUGUGCGAAACAGACAUGAAGAGUGGCCCGGAAUCAGACGAAACGGAGUGCGUGUUGCCAAAAAAAGCUACCGGCGUCAGUUUCAGUUUGUGCGAGAGCGGUUUGGAUUUUUCCGACGUGGAAAUCGAAAGGAGAGCGUUAGACGGCUGCCAGGAAAAAACCGGCCCCCACGUGGUGAUCUUGAGUUUCCCCAAAUAUUGCCGCUACCGAGCCAUGAUGAAGAGAUUGGAGGGCGUAGAGGACGUCUACCUGAAGUACAAGAUCGUCAACGCUCUCGGCGGCUUCUACGUGAUCCACCCCAACACUAGGGUGCUCUUCUGCAAGGACACCUUCGACUAUCCGGAACUGGAGGGGCACGAACUGUUGUGCAACCACCUGUCGCCCAAGCUGAAGGGGCGGCCUAGGGGCAAGCGGAAAAAACGGAGCGUUUCGCCCGCAUCGGACAGCAACGAAUCGGAAUCCUCGCUCACCGCGAAUAAUUAUAACACCAGGGGCGACAACAAGAAUGGCUUGCGCCACGAGUCUGUUGCUGGACCUCGUCGAAGCACACGAUGUCAUGAAAACAACGAGAACAAGGAAUUCGUUAGGAAACUGUCAGCUUUUAUGAAAUCUAUUCGCUCGCCCAUAGGAAGGAUCCCGUCUUUAGGAUACAAAGAGCUGAAUCUACAUGAAUUCUUCACGAAAGUCCAAAAACUAGGCGGAUACGACUGUGUAACCACAAACAAGCUUUGGAAAAACAUUUUCGAUGACAUGAGCGGACAUCAAAACAGUACAAGUGCAGCUACAGUGAUCAGGCGUCAUUACGAAAGGUUUCUGUUAUCUUACGAACGCCACGUCAGAGGCGAGGAGUACAAACCCUUGCCCGCAUCGGAGAGACGUAGACUGAAAAUCAAAAGACGCAGCAAUAGUACGAGCGAUCCAGAAACAAACAGUUGCGAAACUUCUCCCACACCGUCCACGUCUAAGAAACCGGUAGAUGUGAUAACUCCGCCAGAAAAUAAGGAAGUCAAAACUGAAGGAAAAACCUCGUCGCUGCGAAGCGUCCGAGUGAAACCGGAAAGACAGAAAGAGAAACAGGUCCAGAGCGAGAAGGAUACCAUGCAGAACAACAACAACAUCAAAUACGGCAGCGAAAACUGGCAGCCCCCCAUCAAAGAGGAACUCGGAACGGUCGACACUGAACCGUCGAAACCUAAAAUAGAAAAAAUAAUCAUAAAAACCGAAAGCAUGACCGUCAAAACUGAACUGUCGACAGUCAUAACUCAAACCAACCCUGUCAAAAUAGAGUAUGCAACGGUGACGAGUAAAUGUUCGUCGGUUGAAAGUGAAAAUGCUGUAACAGAGGCUAGUGAAGAAACGCUCAUAAAUGAAAAUGUGCCGGUGAAGAUUUCGGUGAAGAUCGAAACUAACGUCGUGAAAACCCAAAACAGUCCCGGAGGAGCACAGGAGAGUUCCUUCGUCAAGAUCGAAAACCUGGCUUGUUCUUCUGUGAAAAUCGAACCCGUACAGAGGUCGCCCGUGACAGUAGAAACAGAGUCGACGAAAGCCGGAGACGUAAAGGAGGAGCCGAAAGAGGAACCUGUUGUCGAUAACGUAGAGCCAAGCACGGCUCCUUCAACGAAUCCGAAAGUCCCCGUAAGCGAAGCCAUGUCUCCCGCCGAAGGAAAGGAAAACAUACCGCUCGUCAAAGCCUGCGAUUCCCCAGUGACCAGCAAACUGGAAAUCAUCGAGGUCCCCUUCAAGCCGAAGCUCACCGAAGCGGUAGAAGAUGCGGACCCGUUCAAACAAAAUUUCAUUCACGAAGUCAAGAGGCGGAAACUGGACAUCCUGAAAGAGGGAGGGCUAGAGGUGACGCCUGUCACGUGUUCUCCCAAAGACAGCCGGCCUUCUGUGAUUCACCAAGCCACGCUGCCCGCCAAGGAAGCGAUGCCGCCGCCCACGAGUACGGUGCACCAAAAGAGGACGCUCUCGGCGUCUUCAGCGACUCCGAGGACUCCGACCAAGAAACAGGCACCCGCGUCAUUUUCCUUCGCGAACGGUACGACGCCCCCCAAGGUGGUGCAGUCCAAGUCGAUCUACUCGUACUCGGAGAAGACGGUGUACGGCAACCCGAAGGACGUUCUCUCGCCGACGAUGAAGGGGUCCGCCCCGCGAUUCGUGGACUGUCACUCGCGGUACAACGGUGGCGAUCCGGUGGAUCUGUCGGUCAACAGCCCGCAGAAGCCCGUCAUCGAGAUCAUGCGCGUGCCGCAAAGCCAAGGGGGUUCCCCCUACAAUCGCGACAGCGUCACUAAGAACCUCUAUAAAGCGAACUCGCAGCUGGUGGACGGAAGGCGGUUGGGGCCGAACCUGGAGAUCACGCUGGUCGGACCUAACGGGAAAACCUACCCGAACGCGCACAAGACGUACCCGCUGCCUGCGCAGCCCCAUAAGAGGCCCACGAGCACCUACGACUACUACGUUCAGAGUAAAUCUUCUAGAAACGAUCAGCACCACCUUCAACACAAACCAGCUCUGCCGCAGCAUAAAGCGAGCGCCAACACGUUCGCCAAGCCGGAGGUGAGCAAUAAACUGCCUUCGGCGCCGUCUCAGCCAGUCAAUCCGAUCCAGAAUCUUCCUAGUCUGCCGUACUCUCCGUACUUGUCGCAGAUGUAUGAGCAAGCGAGCAAAGGUCUUUCGCCUUAUCUGCCGCUGAUGGAUCCCGCCAUGUACUAUACCGCCGCCAUGCAGAAUUUUUAUUCGAACGCCGCCGCGGCUGCCGCCUCCAGCCCCAUGUUGUCGAUCCCUUCCCCGGAGCAGCUGAAGUUCUACGCGGAAUUGAUGGCGCAGAGUCGGCUGCCGUUCCCUUUUUCACUACCGCCGUCAGACUCUUCGUCGAGUAGUAACUGUAGUUUGAAGAAGCAGUGAGCGAACUAUUUUUUUUUAACUUUUGACGGAGUUGGAGUUUUCCCGAAAUGUAAAUAGCGGAUUGAUUGAAGUUGGUAGGUUAUAGCUUGAAGCUUACCUCGAAAUUCCAUACUAAGACUUCUCAUGCGCAAAAAUGCCAUAAUGAUUACUGUUUUUGUGCUGUACUCUUCAACAAGAAGUCUUUUGGUAAAAAGCAACUGUCCAAUAAUAGCUACCACUUCUCUUUAUUGAUAUCAAUCGAAAUGACAUGUGACGGAUGACAGCUGACUGUUUGACAUCUGAUCCCAUGAAUUGGUAGCACGGUUCUUUUUUUUGCAGUUAUUGGUUACUCAACAAGAUGAGUUGGCUUGCAAUUGAAAUGACGUGACAAGUGACAGCUGACUGUUUGACAUUUGAUUCCAUGAAUUGGUAGCAAGGUUAUUUUUUUUGCAGUCAUUGGUUACUCAACAAGAUGAGUUGGCUUGCAAUCGAAAUGAUGUGACAAGUGACAGAUGACUGUUUGACAUUUUACCUGAUGAAUAGGUAGCAAGGUUCUUUUUUUGCCAUCGUGACAAGUCAUUCGUACCUUAACAAUGGAAUCUAAAUGACAUGUGACAAAUGACAGCUGACUGUUGGCAGAUAACAAAUGAUAGAUCUCUAUUUCAGCAACUUCAGCCUUCGUCAAGAGAGGUCAGUUAUUUCCAAUGUUGUAACUAAUAAAAGACUUCAAAAAAUGAAAUGCAUUCAUUUCAACGUGUUUUCACUUGGUGACUUCUAAUCAAAAACAACCGAAAACAAAUUUUUUGUACCCAUUUAUACAUACAUUAUAUUUUUUAUCAAAUAUUUGUGAACGACAUCUAAAGUAGUUGUUCUAUAGUUUGUUUCGAGGAACUCCUGAAUGAAUUAUGGGUAUUUCUGAACAGAGAGCUUUGUAAGAUAUCAGUGGUUGUACAAAUCGAUUUUUGUAAAGUGUAAAUAAAUUUGAAUGACAGUGACGUGAUUGUUAACCACGUAUGUGUUUCAACGCUACAGACUAAUGUUAGACUUUGUCAAUGUUAUGAACGGGGAUAAGUAUACAUUUUGUACAGAUUUUGCGCCCUCUGGUGGAUUUUUCAAUGUUGAAAAUGAAUUGUUUUGAAAAAUAUUGGAACGGAGGUAACUUUUAGGGACAUACUUUGUCUACAAAGAUUUUUUUGGUGGGGAUUACCUGCAUCUUAGAAAAAACUAUCAAUCAAUGUCUUGCCAACAUUUGUAAAUUAAUUGAUUCAAAAAAUAUUUUUGCCAGAGGGUCAUUUUGGUAUCUUUUUGUUGCAUAUAUUGUAUAAAGAAGAUAUCUUGGAGAUUUGUAUAUAGGAAGGCCAGAUUAAAAUUUAGUGUCUGUGAUUUUAAUAUAAAUAGAUAUACCAAAUUAUCAAAUAUGUUUUUUUUUUCAGUUAGUUUUUGAGAUCGUUCUUAGUUUUCAGUUUUAUAAAAAAUUAUGUAUAUAAAUGUCGACUUUUAUAAGUAAGUGUUAGAUUAUUUCAUAAGUGGCGCCAUUAAGAAUAAAUCAUUACUAUCA